AUGGAGGCUUGUCAUAAAGACAAGGAAGUUUACAUUCUCAAAAAAGGAAAUGCCCCCAUCCUCCCACAAAACUAUAGGAGUUCUUUACUCUUUGGGGUACUGUCACCCUCCUUUCUGCCACAGCUGUCAGACACCAUGGAGAAGGUCUGUCUGCCACUCCUGUCGAACAAGAAGAAUCAUCAAAUGUGGCCGAAGAUAAUAUCACAGGAUGUGUCGCAACACAUUGAGAAUUUGCAAAGCAAGGUCACCGUGGUGAGAGGACAAUAUUAUGGCAAAACCGUUCUUCCCAUUCCCGCCAUCAGAGAAUGGAUAGACCAAUGUCAAGAGGCAACAUUCACACUGCACGACAGUCGUAACAGAGCCAUGAUAUAUGCAAUCGAGACCAUGGUCAUCAACUGGACGCACAUGAUCCAUAAAGUCUUAAGAGCAGACUCCGCUGAAUUGAUUGUGAAGGGGUUGAACCCUGGACCAAAAGCUGAACUUGACUUCUGGAGGUCCAGGAAAACAAACAUACAGAAUAUUCAUGAACAGCUACAGAAACCUUGUGUUCAGAAAAUGAUGAGGAUUCUGGAAAUCAUAGACAGCGCUUAUUUCCCAUCAUUCAAAGCUUUGAUAGAGGCUGUUUUUGAUGCUUUGCAGGAAGCCAGGGCUAUAGAUCUUCACCUUCAGCCUCUUGGAUCAUUGCUUUCUCAAUUGGAGGAGGAUGAGUUCUCAUACUUCCAUAAACUCAUUCCACCAGUCUUUCAUCUUAUAUUUCUGGUCUGGACUCACUGUUCUUUCUAUCGUUCACCUGCACGCAUCGUUGCUCUGCUGCAGGAGCUCUGCAACCUGCUCAUUCAGCAGGCCACUUCAUAUCUCAGUGCGGAAGAGCUGCUAAGAGCAGAGACUGAAGAUGCUUUGGAGAAGUUACAGACUGUGGUGGGAGUUUUCAGGUGUGUCAGGGAAACAUUCAAGACAUACAGACAGAAGGUGGCUGCUUUGGCCAGUCAUUAUUCUACACCAAAGUGCUGGGAUUUCCCUUCGGCUCUUGCUUUUACUCGAUUUGAUGGUUUCUUGGCUCGUGUUUUACAGUUGAAGGCCCUUUUCUCCACUAUGCUGGAGUUUAAAAGGUUGGAAAAGCUGGUUUUUGGAGGUCUCAGAGGAAGAGUUUACACUGAGCAGGUCUCUCGGCUGCAUACAGAGUUUCUCCAGCUCUGCAAAGUCAUAAGGGAUCAAGAAUACAAUCCACUCGAUUUGACUUCUCAGGAUUUUGAAAAAGACUUUUCAAGUUUCCAAGAAAACGUUGCAGAUUUUGAUCGACGACUGUCCAGUAUUUUGUGCCUUGCCUUUCAAGAUUGUUCAGGAUUGGAAUCAGUUUUCAAACUGGUCGCUGUGCUCAAACCUCUCUUGGACAGAGACAUCAUAAAGGAAAAUUUUAUUCCUAAUUUCUUCAAAGUGAUUGAACUUUUUGGCGAGGAGCUGGACAGAUGCAAACACCUGUUUGAUUCUCAUCUUGAGCAGAAAAAGAGGAAUAAGCUGCAAUUGAGCAAAAACAUGCCUGCUAUGACAGGGGCUCUGAAGUGGGCAAAAAUGCUUAGAGACAGAAUUCAAAUCCCUUGGAACAAUUUUCGAUUUGUUCUGGAGAUGAGAAUGGAAGAAGAAGAGAUGGAGCUAGUCUAUCAUAAGUACCUGCAGAUGUCCUCUCAUUUAGAUGAGUACGAGAAGCAGGUCUAUUUGAGCUGGUGUGGCGACAUUAACCAGAUCUGCCAGAUGAACCUGGAUCAGCCCCUAAUCAAAAGAGAUCCCAUCACUGACCUACUGUCAGUUAACGUCAAUCAAGAGCUGAUUGCGGUGCUCAAGGAUGUGAAACACCUAAAACUCCUUAAUCAGAUGAACAUCCCUUCUGCUGCUUCGAAGGUGUAUGAAAAUAGAAAGAUGUUCUUUAAGAACCUUGGGAGCCUACAUUUACUGGUGCAGUGGUACAAUAAGGUGAAACAGACGACUCUUGAAGUAGAGGCUUCUCUUUUAAAAGAGGAGAUGGAAACUGUUGACCGGCAACUUCAUCAAACAGAAAGUGAGCUUACAUGGCAAAACCAGAACUGCUGGGACUACAUCUGCACACUUCAGGACACAGUCUAUCAGCUGGAGAGGAGACUUCAGAAAACUAAAGACAAUAUUGAGACGAUGGGCGUUCUGAUGAAUGGAUGGAGCAAACAGCCGAUGUUCUGCAGAAAAGACCAUAAGAAAGACUUGAUAAUACAAUUAGAAGAUAGAGCAGCAAGAGUGGCAAAAAGCUACAACAACCUCAGGAAAGAUGGAGAAAUGAUCCAAAAUUUGUUACAGGAGAACAUGCUCCUUUUUGCAGCGGAUAGUUCUUCAGAUGCAUGGAAAGCCUAUUUGGAGUAUGUAGAUGAUAUGAUGGUGGAGGGAUUUUUCAGUGCUAUCUCAAAUUCUCUGGAGUAUUUCAUUGAGAAUAUGGAGGGCUCAGUAAGGCAGGCCCCCCUGUUUGAGUCUCAUAUGCUACUGAUGGGAUCUGAGAUUAAGUUUAAACCAUCUCUGGAUCGAGAUGGUGGUGAUGGACUUUACGAACUGGUGGAAGAAUUACUAGGUGAUGUGUUCAAGAUGUCUGCUCAGGUGAAGAGGGUGGCACCUCACCUAAACUUGGAAGACUACCAGCCUGACGUCGAGGAUAUGAUAGACCUCUUAGAUCUCCGGCAGGAAGUGAUGGAGAGAGUUGAUGAAGUCAUGAAGAAAGCCUUACAAUACCAGGACACAUUUAACUGCUACAGUCCCCUGUGGAUUGAUGACAGGGUUGAAUUUCUCAGGCAGUUCCUCCUCUAUGGUCAUGCACUGACAGCUGAAGAGGUGGAAGCAUAUGGAGAGAAUGCAUUUCCAGAAAAUCCUCCCACCACAGUGCAAUUCAAAGAGCAGAUAAAUCAUUAUGAAGAAGUGCAUGCAGAGGUCAGCCGUUUGGAGGACUGGCAGGUAUUUGAUGGUUGGUUUAGAGUGGAUAUCCGUCCGUUCAAGAUGAGUCUUUUAAACAUAAUCAAAAAAUGGAGCUGGAUGUUUAAGGAGCAUCUGAUGUCUUAUGUUACCGGCAGUAUUGCUGAACUAGAGGAGUUCAUGCUCCAGGCAGAAUCCAGGUUUCAAGAGCCGGUGUGCAGUGGAGACUACCAGGCUCUUGUGCAGGUGAUGGGUUUCCUGCUGGCUAUCAAAAACAGGCAGUCUAGUACAGACCACCUAUUUGAACCUGUUAGUGAAGUGGUCACUCUUCUGGAGCAGUAUGGAGAAACCCUACCUGAGCGUGUCCAUGUGCAGCUUGAGGAGUUGCCGGAGAAGUGGAACAGCAUGAAGAAGUUGGCCUGGACAGUGAAACAUGAGGUUGCUCCUCUUCAGACUGCAGAGGUGGCCGUUAUCCGCAGGAAGUGUCUGGCUUUUGAGAAAAAGCUGAAUCAAUUUCGAGGGAGGUUCAAAACAGAAGCUCCUCUCCAGUACAACACAGAGAAACCAUAUGCUUACCUGGAUAAAUUUCACAGGGAGAUGCUGGUUUUAGAGGAGGAGAAUGCAGAUCUCCAGGAGUCCUGUAGGCUGUUUGAAGUGAGCAGCCCUGAUUCUAAGCAGCUCAGGAUCUGUCGGACAGACAUUGGUGUUUUGAAACAGCUCUGGGAUCUGCGGAUAUGCGCUCAGUGCAGUAUAGCUGUCUGGACAGGGACAAAAUGGAGAAAGAUCAAUGUAGAACACAUAGAGACAGAGCUGAGGAGGUUUACAAAAGAAAUGCAGGUUCUUGAUAAAGAGGCCCGUGUUUGGGACGUGUAUUUGCAGCUGGACCGUGUGCUCAGGGAUCUGUUGGCUGCUCUCAGGGCUGUGACAGAACUUCUGAACCCGGCCAUGAGAGACAGACACUGGGCUCUGCUGGUCAGGACUACCGGGGUUGCUUUCACCCUAACUGAAGACACAACUCUUGAGGAUUUACUGGCUUUGCAGCUGCACAGAUAUGAAGAUGUGGUGCACUGUACAGUUGGGAGAGCAGUCAAAGAGAUGUCCACUGAGAAGGUUUUGACUGAAAUUAGCCAGAUGUGGGCACGGAUGGAGUUUUCUUAUGAAGAGCAUUACCGCACCGCUACACCAAUGCUGAAAUGCAGUGAUGAACUUAUAGAGAGUCUGGAGGAGAGUCAGGUGCAGCUGCAGGUGUUGCUGCACAGUAAGCAGGCGACAUUCUUCCAUGGACAGGUGUUGGCGCUGCAGGCCCAGCUGACUCGGGCUGACUCAGUGCUGUUGCUGUGGCUGGAGGUGCAGAGGACCUGGGCUCACCUGGAGAGCAUCUUCAUGGGCUCUGAAGACAUUCAACACCAACUGCCGGAGGAGGCACAUCAGUUCGGCUCUAUUGAUUCUGAAUUUAAGGACCUUAUGCUCAAAAGUGGCAAAACGAAAAACGUAAUUACUGCCACCAACAAGCCCAAUCUUCUACCGAUGCUUGAAGAUCUGCAAAGGAGACUUGCUGUAUGUGAGAAAGCUCUAGCUAAAUACCUGGAGACCAAGAGAAUGGCUUUCCCGCGAUUCUAUUUCGUCUCUUCAGCAGACUUACUGGACAUCCUUUCCAAGGGCAGACAGCCCAGACAGGUUACCUGUCACCUGGGUAAGCUGUUUGACAGUAUGACUGAUCUGGAGUUUUCUGACAAGGAGGGGGGAAAGGCCACAUCAGCGGUGGGAAUGUUCAGCAGAGACAGAGAAUAUGUUUCAUUCUAUUCGCCGUGUGACUGCGUUGGACCGGUUGAGCUCUGGCUGAACUGUCUGGAGGAUGUGAUGAGGGAGGGAUUGAGGAGGCACAUAGCCGAGGCUGUGGUUGUCUACGAGGAACGCCCGCGAGAACACUGGGUCUUGGAGCUGCCGGCUCAGGUGGUCCUCACUGCCUCUCAGAUCUGGUGGUCCGCCGACAUGAAUCUAGCAUUCGAGCGGCUGGCUGAGGGUUUUGAGACGGCGCUCAGAGACUACAACAAGAAACAGAUUGCCCAGUUAAACUCCUUGAUAAACAUGUUAUUGGGGGAACUGAACCCGGGUGACAGGCAAAAGAUCAUGACCCUGUGCACCAUAGAUGUUCACGCCAGAGAUGUGGUCUCCAAACUCAUCGCUCAGAAGGUGAGCAGUGCUCAGGCGUUUGCCUGGGUUUCUCAGCUCCGCCACAGCUGGGAUGAGGAGCAAAACCACUGCUUCAUCAACAUCUGCGACGCCCAGUUUCGUUAUUCCUACGAAUACCUGGGAAACACACCUCGUCUGGUCAUUACACCUCUCACAGACAGGUGCUAUAUAACACUGACUCAGUCACUGCACUUGACUAUGAGCAGUGCUCCAGCAGGACCAGCUGGCACAGGAAAGACUGAAACCACUAAAGACCUGGGCAGAGCUCUGGGAGUCAUGGUGUACGUCUUCAACUGCUCUGAGCAGAUGGACUAUAAGUCCAUAGGGAACAUCUUUAAAGGCCUGGCACAAACUGGAGCUUGGGGCUGCUUUGAUGAAUUUAACCGAAUAGCUGUAGAAGUGCUAUCAGUGGUGGCAGUACAGGUGAAGACCAUACAGGAUGCCAUUCGCAACAAGAGGAAGAGGUUUCUCUUCCUAGAUGAAGAAAUUAGCUUGAAACCCUCUGUUGGGAUCUUCAUCACAAUGAACCCUGGAUAUGCUGGACGAACUGAGCUACCAGAGAACCUCAAAGCUCUUUUCAGGCCUUGUGCCAUGGUGGUUCCUGACAUGGAGCUGAUCUGUGAGAUCAUGCUAAUGUCUGAGGGAUUUCAGAGUGCUCAGAUUCUGGGCAACAAGUUCAUCACCCUCUACAGGCUCUGUAAGGAGCUGCUCUCUAAACAGGACCACUAUGACUGGGGUUUGCGUUCUGUCAAACCUGUCCUGGUGGUUGCUGGAGCUCUCAAAAGAGCAGAUCGGACUAGACCAGAAGAUCAGGUGUUGAUGCAGGCUUUGAGAGAUUUCAACAUGCCAAAGAUUGUUUCGGAAGAUGUUCCGGUGUUCCUUGGUCUGAUUAGAGAUUUGUUCCCUGGUUUGGAGGUGGAAAGGCAGACUGAUGCAGAGUUUGAGCAGAUAGUCCGACAGACGAGUCUAGAGUUAAAGCUUCAACCCGAGGACACAUUUAUUCUGAAAGUUGUUCAGCUUGAGAAGCUUUUAUCUGUUCAUCAAUCAGUGUUUGUGGUUGGUGAUGCUGGGACUGGAAAAAGCCAGAUCCUGAGAACUCUUCACAAAACCUACUUCAACAUGGGAAGGAAGCCUUUCUGGAACGAUCUGAACCCCAAAGCAAUAAGCGGUGGUGAACUGUUUGGAUCCUUUCAUCCAGCCACUCGGGAAUGGAAAGAUGGUUUAUUGUCACAUUUCAUGCGGGAUCAAGCCAGUAACUCUCACUCUGGGCCGAAGUGGAUUGUUCUGGAUGGAGACAUUGACCCCAUGUGGAUUGAGUCUCUCAACACUGUAAUGGAUGACAACAAGGUUCUUACUCUGGCUAAUAAUGAACGUAUCCCACUCACCCCCUCGAUGAGACUACUGUUUGAGAUCAGCCACCUGAAACAUGCCACUCCUGCCACCGUGUCCCGAGCUGGCAUCCUGUACAUCAAUGCCCAAGAGCUUAGCUGGAACCUGUGUGUUACGAGUUGGAUUGAUCGGAGGGAGAGACAAACCGAGAGAGCACACCUGACCAUUCUGUUUGACAAAUACGUCCCUCGCUGUAUCGAAAAAAUGAGAAGCUCCUUUAAGACAAUUAUUCCUAUUCCUGAGAACAGCUUGGUUCAGACGCUGUGCACCCUGUUGGAUUGCCUGUUAACUCCUGAGAACAUUCUGGCAGACUCUCCACGAGAAUUCUAUGAAAUAUACUUUGUGUUCGCCUGUGUGUGGGCAUUUGGUGGAGCCACAUUCCAGGAUCAGCUCCAUGACUAUCGGGCCGAGUUCAGCCAGUGGUGGAUCAAAGAGAUGAAGAGUGUGAAGUUUCCUGUCCAGGGUUCUGUUUUUGACUACUACUUAGAUCCUCAUUCUAGACGCUUCCUGCCAUGGACUGACAGGAUGCCCGCAUUUGAGAUGGACCCUGAUACACCUUUGCAGGCUGUGUUAGUCCCAACAGUCGAGACGGUCAGGCUGCAGUAUUUCAUGGGCAUGUUGCUGGAGACGUCUCAGCCUCUUAUGCUGGUCGGGGGAGCAGGCACUGGGAAGUCUGCUCUGGUCAGGAACCUUCUGGAAACACUACCAGAGAACUUUAUAACUGCAAAAGUUCCCCUUCACUUUUAUACCACUGCGUCCAUGCUGCAAUGGGCUUUGGAGAAACCUCUGGAGAGGAAGGCUGGUAAGAGUUUUGCACCCCCUGGAAACAAGAGACUCAUCUAUUUCAUUGAUGACAUGAACAUGGCAGCUGUGGACAGUUAUGGGACCUCUCAGCCACACGCUCUCAUUCGCCAGCAUCUGGAUUACAAGCACUGGUAUGACAGACAAAAGUUAACAGUGAAAGACAUACACAACACCCAUUAUGUCUGUUGUAUGAAUCCAACAUCUGGGAGUUUCACAAUUAACCCCAGACUGCAGAGGCAUUUCACAGUGUUGGCGGUCAGCACACCCAGCCGUGAGACCCUCAGCUCCAUGUUUGGCCCUAUCCUGGGCUUCCACCUGCAGAGGUUGCCGUUCAUCCCAGCUGUGGUGAGCAGUGGUCGAGCAGUGGUGAGAGCGGCCGUAGCCCUCCAUGACCGGGUACUCCAGCACUUCCUUCCCACCUCCAUCAAGUUUUACUGUCUGUUCAACCUGUGGGAUCUCUCUCGGCUGUUUCAGGGUCUCCUGUUCUCCAGGCCAGAGUGUGUUAGACAGGGUGCGGAUCUGGUUCGACUUUGGAUCCAUGAAUCCAGAAGAGUAUAUUCAGAUCGCUUUUCUGAACCAUCCGACCUUCAGCUAUUCCAUAGGUUUCAGAUGGAUAUUGCACGACAAACCUCAGAGGAAAUGGAGGAAGAAGCAGUGUUGCAGGAGCCUCUAAUAUACCUGCACAGCAGUGUGGGAUCUGCAGAACCUUCAUACAUGCCCAUAGCUGGAUGGGAGCAGCUCAGCUGUAUCCUUAAUGAGGCUUUGGGUGGCUACAAUGAGCUCCACCCUGCCAUGAACCUGGUGCUGUUCCAGGAAGCCAUGCAGCAUGUGUGUCGGAUCAGUCGCAUCCUGGCAUGUCCUAGAGGCCACGCCCUCCUCGUAGGUGUGGGUGGCAGUGGCAAACAAAGCCUGACCCGCCUUGCCGCCCACCUCUCCAACAUGGAAGUGUUCCAGCCCACCCUCAGCAAGGGAUACAGCAUACAAGACCUAAAGGUGGAUUUGGCUGGACUGUACAUGAAGACGGGGGUGAAAAACAUACCCACAAUCCUGCUCCUCACAGACGCUCAGAUCCCAGAGGACAGUUUUCUCGUCAUCAUCAGCACCCUGAUCUCGUCAGGUGAGAUCCCAGAUCUGUUGAGUGAAGAGGAGGUGGAUGGUGUUCGGAAAGCUGUGAGGAGUGAAGUGCGAGAACUUGGUCUUCUGGACAACUAUGAGAACUGCUGGAGCUUUUUUAUGAAUCGAGUGCGACAACAACUCAAGGUCGUGCUCUGCAUGUCUCCAGUAGGCAAUAGCCUGCGUCUACGUGCCCGGCGUUUCCCAGCUCUGCUGAACUGCACCACUCUGGACUGGUUCCAGGAAUGGUCCCUGAAGGCCCUCCAGUCUGUCAGCUUGAAGUUCCUGCAGGACAUCCCAAGUAUUCAGCCAACCGUUCGGGAAUCCAUCAGUCUUUUCAUGGCCCACGCUCACACGAGCGUCAAGCAGGUUAGCAAGCAUUACUGCCGCAAUGAGAGGAGGCACAACUACAGCACGCCCAAGAGCUUCCUGGAGCAGCUGAGACUUUACGAGAGUCUGCUGGAAAAGAGAGAGCGGGAACUGCAUCUGAGACAUGGCAGGCUUCAGUCCGGCCUUCAGAAACUCAAGACGACUGCCUCUCAGGUUGAGGAUCUGACCGUCAAGCUGAACUCACAGGAAGUGGAGCUGACGCUGAAGAACCAGGCCGCUGAGGCUCUCAUGGCCAGGAUUGGCCUGCAGACAGAAAGAGUGAGUCAGAAGAGAAAAGAUGCUGACCUAGAGGAGCAAAAGGUCGCUGCCAUACAAGCAGAGGUGUCACGAAGACUGAGGGAAUGUGAACGUGAUCUGGCUAAAGCUGAGCCUGCUUUAGAGGCGGCUACAAAUGCUCUCCAAACACUAAACAAGAUAAAUCUGACAGAGUUAAAGACGUUCCCGAAUCCCCCGGAGGCUGUGAUUAACGUCACCGCGGCUGUGAUGGUGCUGCUGGCUCCACGCGGGCGAAUUCCAAAAGACCGCGGGUGGAAGGCUGCCAGAGUCUUCAUGGGCAAGGUGGAUGACUUUCUGCAGGCACUACUUUCUUAUGAUAAAGAGCACAUCCCUCAGCCCUGUCUGAGCGUGGUGAAGCAGGAAUACCUGAGAAACCCAGAGUUCCACCCCGAUCACGUCCGGACCAAGUCCUAUGCAGCUGCAGGCCUCUGUGCGUGGGCCAUCAACAUAGUGCGCUACUAUGAGGUUUAUUGUGAGGUUGCACCAAAGCGUCUGGCUCUGGCACAAGCCAAUACUGAACUGGAAGCUGCUACUGCAAAACUGCUCAGUGUUAGAAAGAAACUGGAAGAUCUGGACAGGCAUCUGCAAAGCCUAACAGCUCAGUUUGAGAAGGCGGCGGCUGAGAAACUGCGCUGCCAGGAGGAAGUGACACGCACCAGCCAGACCAUUGAGCUGGCCAAUCGGCUGGUGGGAGGCCUGCAGGCAGAAAACGUGCGUUGGUCAGAGGGACAGUUGGAGCUGGAGUCUCAGCUGAAGACCGUGUGCGGUGAUGUGCUUGUGGCUGCUGCUUUUGUCUCUUACGCUGGAUACUUCACACAGCCAUACCGUCACCAGCUCCUUCACAGCAUACUGAUUCCUUUCCUCCGAGAACUCCAAACCCCUAUCCCGCUGACAGACGGUCUGGACCCUGUACUUGCGCUGACUGACCAGGCCACCGUGGCAGGCUGGCAGAACCAGGGCCUGCCAGCUGAUCGGCUGUCUGUUGAAAAUGCAGCCAUCCUGAUGUCCAGCCAGCGCUGGCCUCUGAUCGUGGAUCCUCAGCAGCAGGCCAGCAAGUGGAUCCGAAACCUGUAUGGGCCCAAACUGAGGGUGCUGCAGUAUGGCCAGAAAGGGUAUCUGGAUGUUAUUGAGCAGGCUUUGGCCUGUGGUGAGGUGGUCCUUAUUGAAAACAUCAAGGAGAGAGUGGACCCUCUCCUGGAGCCACUGCUAGGAAGACAAACCUUAAAGAAAGGAAGGUACAUCAGGCUGGGUGAUAAGGAGUGUGAGUAUAACAGCGGUUUCCGUCUCGUUCUAUACACUAAGCAAGCCAACCCUCACUUCCCCCCGGAGCUGCAGGCCCAGACCACACUUAUAAACUUCACAGUGACCCGCACUGGCCUGGAGGAACAGCUCUUGGGGCAGGUGGUCACGCAUGAAAGACCUGAGCUGGAGAAGAUGAAGUUGGAGUUGAGCACUCAGCAGAACUUGUGUCAGAUUGAGCUGAAGAGACUAGAGGAUGAGCUCUUGAGCAAACUGUCCGUGGCAGAGGGAAACUUCCUGCGAGAUACAGCCUUAGUGGAACAGCUAGAAUAUACCAAGAACACAGCCAGACACAUCCAUAACAAGGCUAUUGCAGCUCGAGAGAACGAGAUAAAGACCAAUGAGGCACGAGAUCUCUACCGGCCAGCGGCUGAGAGAGCCGCCCUACUCUACUUCACUAUUAAAGAACUCCACAAUGUUAACCCCAUGUACCAAUACUCCCUCAAGGCCUUCAACAAAGUGUUCCUCAAAGCUAUUGCGAGAGCUCCAUGUGAUGAAGACGUGUCGGUGCGUGUUUCAUCUCUGACCGAGGCCAUCACCCAAUCGGCCCUUCAGUACACCUGCCAGGGGCUCUUCCAGAGGGACCGACUUACCUUCCUCACCCACACCGCCCUCCAGAUUCUUCUGACAAGGGGCUCCAUUGAGGCUCAGGACCUGGAACUUCUGUUGCAAUUUCCUGUAGAAGUUUGUCAGAGCAGUCCCGUCAGCUUCCUGUCUCCACAGGCCUGGGGUGUCAUUAGGAGCUUGUCCAUGCUGGAUGCAUUCAGGGGCCUGGACAGGGAUGUGGAAGGUUCUGCCAAACGUUGGAGGAAGCUGGUGGAGUCGGAGUGUCCAGAAAGAGAACGUCUCCCUCAGGACUGGAAGAAUAAGAGCCCCCUCCAGAGACUCAUCAUUCUCAGAGCCAUUCGGCCUGACAGGAUGACCUACGCUCUCCGAAAUUUUAUUGAGGACAGUUUGGGCUCCAAGUAUAUGGAUGUUGGUCGAAUGGAGUUUGAAAAGUGUUUUGAGGAGUGCAGUCCUUCUACACCGGUGUUCUUCAUCCUUUCUCCUGGAGUAAACCCCGUCAAGGAUGUAGAAACACUUGGGCUGAAGCUUGGCUUUACUACAGACCAGGGGAACCUCCAUAAUGUGUCCUUGGGUCAAGGACAAGAGAUUGUGGCUGAGAGAGCGUUGGAGGCCGCAGCUAAAAAUGGACACUGGGUUAUAUUGCAGAAUGUUCACCUGCUUCCGCAGUGGUUGGGUCAUCUGGAGGAGCUGCUGGAGAACACAGGCAGCAGUGCUCACUCAAACUACAGAGUGUUUAUGAGUGGAGAAGCGGUCCCCAGCCACCAUGAGCACCUGAUCCCUCGCACCAUCCUGGAGAAUGGCCUCAAACUCACUACUGAACCGCCCACUGGCAUGAACUCCAGCCUGCAUGCAGCUCUGGACAACUUCACCCAGGAUACUCUGGAAAUGUGUUCUUAUGAGCAGGAGUUUAAAGGACUCGUGUUCUCGCUGUGUUAUUUCCACGCCUGUGUGAGUGAGAGGAGGAAGUUUGGGCCUCUGGGUUGGAACCAAAGAUACCCAUUCAAUAAUGGAGAUCUGACCAUUUCUGCCAGUGUCCUGUACAACUACCUGGAGGCCAAUACUAAAGUACCGUGGGAGGAUCUGUGUUAUCUGUUCGGAGAGAUCAUAUAUGGAGGUCACAUCACUGAUGAGUGGGACAGGAAGCUCUGCCGUACGUACCUCCAGGAGUUCAUCAAUCCCAAGAUGUUUGAAGGGGAGCUGUUCUUGUGUCCUGGCUUUCCAAUGCCUCCUGAUCUGGACUACACUGGGUAUCACCGCUACAUAGAUGAGAGAUUGCCCUCGGAGAGCCCUGGUCUCUAUGGCAUGCACCCUAAUGCUGAGAUUGAGUUUAUGACAGCCACGUCUGAUGCCCUCUUCAAAACUUUACUGGAACUGCAGCCUAGAGACUCAUCAACAGGAGAGGGAGCAUCACAGUGCAUAGAGGAGAAGGUGAAGAGUGUCCUGGAUGACAUGCUGGAGAAGUUACCUGAGGAGUAUAGUCUUUCAGAGCUCAUGUCUAAGACAGUUGAGAGGAGCCCCUACAUCCUGGUGUGCCUGCAGGAGUGUGAGCGAAUGAAUCUGCUGCUGGCAGAGAUACACAGAUCCUUAAAAGAGCUGGACCUGGGACUGAAGGGUGAAUUGAGUCUUUCUUCAGACAUGGAGCUGCUCCAAACGGCUCUGUUCUACGACAGCGUUCCAGAGAGCUGGAGCAGGCUCUCAUACCCUUCAACCAAAACACUGGCUCUGUGGUUUAGCGACAUUCUAGCUCAGUGUCGGGAGUUGGACACGUGGACUCAAGACUUUGUGUUUCCUGCUGUGGUUUGGCUCUCAGGACUCUUUAGUCCUCAAUCAUUUCUCACAGCGAUUCUGCAGAGUAUAGCUCGAAAAAACAAGUGGCCUUUAGAUAGGAUGAGUCUGUCUGUGGACGUCACCAAGAAAACCAAGGAUGAUUAUGGACAUCCUCCUCGAGAGGGAGCGUACAUCCAUGGACUCUACAUAGAAGGUGCCCGCUGGGAUAGCUCCUCAGGUCUGUUAUCAGAGGCUGUUCUGAAGGAGUUGACUCCGGCCAUGCCAGUGCUGUACAUACGUGCGAUACCCACCAACCAGCAGGAUGUGAAGAACACCUACGAAUGCCCAGUGUACCGCACCAAACUCCGUGGCCCCACCUACAUCUGGAGCUUCCAUCUCAAAACAUGCCAUCCAGCUGCAAAGUGGGUUCUGGCAGGAGCGGCCCUGCUUCUGUCAGUGUAAAUGAAUGACCAACUUCAUUUCGCACAUAGAGGUUGUUCCUAUAUAAAUAGUAUGGUGUUGAUGGAACCAUAAUCUUUAGCUAAAAAAAAAAAUGUUAGGUUUUUUUUUUAUUUAUUUUUUUUAAGUCAUUAGAUUUGUUUCCAUCCAAAGUUGCGAAUUUAACCUAUGCGCAAAAUUGGAGUAUUGCAUAAAACAUUUGCGAAUAAAGCACCGUCUCCAUCCCAUGUGUUCAAGAGAAUAAAAUCGUCACUGGGAAAUAACUCAAAAUAUCUGUAAUAAAAAUGGAAGUUACUGCAUUCGGGGAAGCCACUGCAGCUUUUUUCAUAAAUUACUUGCGCCUCAGAGCGCACAGAUGAAAUGCAAUAACAAAUGCUGUCAUGUUAUCUUUCGUUCGCAUCUUUUUCUCUCCGUUUUGGCCUUCUGUCCAAAAGAAUGCGGGUAUUUUCAUAACCGCAGCUUUUUCUAUGUGGUUAUGCGCAAUAUUCGGUCACUGAAACAGACAUUUUUUGAAAACUCCUGCCAGGGUGAAGAUUUUUAGAAACUCCGGUUGCAGUGUUGUUGUGUAGAUGGUGAAACCGGAGAUUUUGGCUUGUGACGUCGGAACAGGAACCGGUAAUAACCUUUUUUCCAGGCUUUUGAUUGGCCAACAUGGCUUUAUGGUUAGGGUUAUAUCGCCACCUAUUGGUUUUGCUCUUGACAGCGCUUCAUAGUAUGUUUUUACGUUUUCAUGUGGACGUGAUUUUUUUUUUUUUUUUUUUUUUUUAACGGAGGAAAAACUCUGUUUAUAGAACUACCUGUGCACAUGUAAACUCGGCCUGAGAUGGCGUUUUUGUCAAGGAAAAAAAAAAAUUUUUUUUUUUUUUUUGAAAACACUCCAACGUGGAUAAAUCUAAAAAUGUCGUUUUUGCUUUGUAGUGUGGAUGGCGAAAACGGAGGUAUUUGAAAACGAUGACACGUUUAGUCAUGUGAUGCAUAUUGUACCCAUAGAUAUCUAUAGUUAUACCGCCAUUGAUGUGCCUGCUAUUUACGUAAACAGUAUUGCUCAUGAUAAAUUCUCCUUUGUAGAAUCUUUGCAUUCCUGCAAAGAUGACAUUGAAUUCACUCACAUUUGCUGUCCUGUGUGGCAAAAUAUGAUGACAGUUGCGUUUUAAACCUGAUUUUGAGUGCGACCUGGACGCAACAGUGAGUGAUGCGAAUAUUAUACUAAUAAAAUUAUCGUACCAGAAGAAUAGCGUAAGAACUUUAUUAUAUCUGCUAGCUCUGCAUCAUCUCGUGAGCUUUUCGUAUUUUUUACAAAUGCGCAGUAAGGUGAUUUAAGCGUUUUCAGACGUUUCAGUGUGGAUGAGCAACUUUUGGAAAAUGCUUAAAAAUGCUAGUGUGAUGAGGAGCGUUUUUAAAUGAAAGCUCAGUUUUCAAAUGUCUCUGGAUUAAUGCAGACGUAGCCUUAGAAUGCAAGUGUGCAAGACAGUUCUGGGAGGUCAUUAUACCUAACCAUUUUGAUGACAGACUUUGCACAGCAUCAGCACUUUUUUUGGAAUAACCCAACAUUUGCAUAAAAAUAGGCACAUGGAAACAAAGCUAAUGUAAAAUUAAAUGCAUAUAGAUUCUGUUUCAUUGUAUGUAUUUUAACUUUGAUGCAGGGCUUUUUUUUUUUUUUUGCAUUUUAAAACGCAAUCUAAUUGUUUUGUUUUUCUAGAAAAAUCACAAUUAGAUUUUACCUCAAAUUGUGCAGCUUUAGUCUGACACCUAUUAAAAACUUAACUGUUAAAUUGUGCACAAAAUCAAAAUACAAUAGUUGUAAUUUUUGUCAUAUUGUAAUUAUUGCCAAUUAUUGUCAUAAGUAUUGUACUGUAAGUAUUAACACUCUAUAAUGAUGUUGUUAGCUUAAUUAAAUUUAAAGCAGCUCAGUGUCCAGUGAAUGAUCUAAUCUCCUCGAGUGCCACACAAUGAGAGUCCCAGUAGAUUAUGAACCAGGCUGAUACUGGUUUUCAAUUGAGGUGUGUUUGACCUUCCUCUGAAUACAGAUAGAUCAGUAUGAUUCAUCUCACGUCGGUACAGAAACCAAUUUAUCAUCUUUGAAUGACAUGCUUGGUCUCGUGUGUCCCUCGAUGUGAUUUAAUAACUUAAACAGUGUAUUGCUGAACUGUACAAAUGUGAUUUUGUUCAACAGUUGCUAUUUUAGAAGAUAUUAAACAUACAAAUCUACGGUAUACACAAUAACAAAACACACAACAUCUGCUGCUGUGUUUAUCUGUAUAGUUCCUUGCUAUGACGCAGACCUUGUCAGGAGACAAGAAAAUGAUACAUCUGUCCCAGAAAGGGAAAUGAGAGGUUAGCACAAGCUGUGGCGCUGUCCCUCCCCUCUCAGUGAGUCCAGCAGCGGCCUCACAGCAGGUAAUAAUGGCCCAGAACAGGAUGGAUCAGUAACUGUUUAGACAAUUCAUCCUCAAUUCUCACUGAGACAGCUGAGAUGCACAGUAAGCCAAUUAAGUGUCACAGAGAAGAUUCACACUCUUACUGACGUAUAAUGAGAUCUGUGGUUUAUUAAGAAGCCACGAUUUACAGACCCCAUGAAAUAAAAAAAAAAAUCCUCUAUUUUUCUUUUUGUUGUUUCCGGCUGGCUUUGCGAUCUCCAUAAGCUAAUGUACUCCCAAAAGUUAACAAAAUUAUGCUAAAAUGUAUUUCAAAUGUCUGGAACUCAUUACUGUAACAUUACUUUUUAAUGUGUUUACUAUAUUUGUUAUAUAUAUAUAUAUAUAUAUAUAUGACACACACACACUACCAGUCAAAAGUUUGGAAUUGGUAAGAUUUUUUAAUGUUUUUAUAAGAAGUUUCGUCUGCUCACCAAGGCUGCAUUUAUUUAAUUAAAAAUACAGCAAAAACAGUAAUAUUGUGAAAUAUUAUUACAAUUUAUAAAAUAUAUUCAAACAGUUAUUUUAAAGUAAUUUAUUCCUGUGAUGCAAAGCUGAAUUUUCAGCAUCAUUACUCCAGUCUUCAGUGUCACAUGAUCCUUCAGAAAUCAUUCUAAUAUGCUGAUUUGCUGCUCAAGAAACAUAUAUGAUUAUUAUCAAUGUUGAAAACAGUUGUGUACUUUUUUUUUUUUUUUUUUUUUUAGGAUUCCUUGAUGAAUAGAAAGUUCAAAAGAACAGCAUUUAUCUGAAAUACAAAGCUUUUGUAACAUUAUACACUACCGUUUAAAAGUUUGGGGUCAGUAAGAUUUUUUUUUAAUUUUUUUUUUAAUAGAAAUUAAAGAAAUUAAUACUUUUAUUCAGCAAGGAUGCAUUAAAUCGAUCAAAAGUGACAGUAAAGACAUUUAUAAUGUUACAAAAGAUUGUAUUUCAAAUAAAUGUUCUUUUUAACUUUCUAUUCAUCAAAGAAUUCUGAAAAAAAAAAAAUAUAUAUAUAUAUAUAUAUAUAUAUAUAAAUAUUGUACACAAAUAUAUUGUACAGUUGUACACAAUAAAUGUUUCUUGAGCAGCAAAUCAUCAUAUUAGAAUGAUUUUUGAAAAAUCAUGUGACACUGAAGACUGGACUAAUGAUGCUGAAAAUUCAGCUUUGACAUCACAGGAAUAAAUUACUUUAUAAAAUAUAUUCAAACAGAAAACAGUUAUUUUAAAUUGUAAUAAUAUUUCACAAUAUUACUGUUUUUACUGUACAUUAUUUAUAUUAUAUACACACACAGUUGCGAAGUUGCGAUAGUUUUUUGUUCCCUUAUUGUGACGUAUAUCAGAAAAGAGAUGUUGUUGCAAGAGGGGGAAGGGAAGUUACUUUGAUUAAAGAUUAAGAUGUUACAUGAAUAAAAAAAAAAUGAUGUGCA